ACUGUUGAGAUAUUAAAGUUGUCACAGCUAAAUAGACAAUUAUUGACAUUAUAGAAUAAAUUUUUGUUUAAUUUUCUUCUUUUAUUAUUUAAAAACAUUAAAAAGAUAAAAAAAAUGAGUAAAUUGCCUUCAGUAUCGUCAAAUAUCAAAAAGAUUGUCGACCCUAAAUUCUCGCUUGACAAUGAAACAUUGAAAGAAGUGAUGGUGAAAUUUGAACGUGAAAUUAAAAAAGGUUUAAAGAGAUCAACUCACAGUUCGGCGGAAACGAAAUGCUUUGUGACUUUUGUCCAAGAUUUGCCAAACGGAACAGAAAGAGGAAAGUUUCUUGCUUUGGAUUUGGGUGGAACAAACUUCCGCGUGCUUUUGAUUCAUCUUAAAGGCGAAGAAGAUUACGAGUUUCAGUCGAAAAUUUUCGCAAUUCCUCAAAACAUAAUGACCGGUCUUGGCGUAGAACUCUUUGAUCAUAUUGCAAAAUGUUUAGCAGAGUUUGCUAUCGAGAUGAAUAUUCAACAUGAAGUGCUUCCGCUUGGCUUCACAUUUUCCUUUCCAUGUCGUCAAAAUGGAUUAACAGAAGGCUUGCUGAUCAAAUGGACAAAAGGAUUCAAUUGUAAAGGCGUUGUGAAUCAGAAUGUUGUCGAACUUCUUGAAGAUGCUCUUAAAAGACGAAAUGAUAUAAAAAUUCUCAUUUGCGCAAUUCUUAACGACACAACUGGAACUUUAAUGUCGUGUGCAUGGAAGCAUCACGAUUGCAAAAUUGGAGUAAUUCUUGGCACAGGUUCGAAUGCUUGUUACCUUGAGAGGACAACAAAUGCUGAAUUGUUUGAGAAACAAAACAAAUUCGAUGACGAGAAAGUCGUAAUAAACACAGAGUGGGGUGCAUUUGGCGAUUUCGGUUCAUUAGAUUUCAUCACAACAUGCUACGACAAAGAAGUUGAUCAUCACAGUUUAAAUCCAGGAAAUCAAAUAUUUGAGAAAAUGCUGUCAGGAAUGUAUCUUGGUGAACUUGUUCGAUUAGUUUUGGUGCAUUUGACGUCACAAGGUCAUCUCUUUAAUGGACAAAUUUCAAAGCAACUCUCCACACAACAUCAAUUUUUCACAAAGUUUGUGUCAGAAAUUGAAACAGAAGCAGAAGAUUCAAUUAAUGUUGUUCGUAAAGUUUUGAUUGACUUAGGAAUUAAUGAACCAUCAGAUGAAGAUUGUGUAAAUGUUCGUUAUGUUUGUGAAAGUGUCACAAGAAGAUCAGCUCAUCUGGUAGCAACAGCACUUGCAACUUUAAUCCUUAGAAUGGGCGAUCCUGACAUCACAAUUGGUGUUGACGGUUCUGUUUAUCGUCACCAUCCAAAGUUUGAUGAUUUAAUGACAAAAAAGGUGAAGGAAUUAAUUCCAUCAAACUACCGAUUUAAGUUUGUUCUGUCGGAAGAUGGAAGUGGUCGUGGUGCCGCUCUUGUCGCUGCAGUUGCAUCGAGACAAGUUCAAUACACAAACAGUUAAAUAUUUAUUGAAAUUCACAUUAAGUUUCUUCUUGUAAGCAGUCAAAAGUGUAAAAUAAAAUCUGAAAACAAAUCAUUUGUACUGACACAUGAAUUUAAUCAAAAUCGUGACCAUAAAAUGUUUAUCGUAUAAUCGAAUGAAUGUGUUAAGCGAUGAACAAUAACAACAUUAGCGAG